GGGGCCGAGACAUGACAUUUCUAGCGAGGCGUUUGAUCUUUCACCAUGAGCAUCCCAAACUCGGGUAACCACACCCAAUAUGACAUUUUAAACAAAAAAUAACAAACAUUUCUCCUCUUUACCCUCCAAUUUAUCGUCCCAUUCCCUCUCGCUCCCGUCUCCCCGGAGCACCGGGACCUGUGGCUUGCCCUCAAGCAAAUCCGCAUCACCGCGUCCCGGGCUCUCCGACGUACCAACUCCACCCUCCGAACAAAAAAAUAGAACCCGAAGAUGCUCAGAUCGGCUACCUCACGCUUCACCCAGAUCCCUUCCCGUGGACUCGCCACGGUCGCUCCGGCUUUGCCUAAGAAGAUUGGGGGAAAGUACACUGUUACUCUUAUCCCUGGUGAUGGUAUCGGUCUCGAGGUUGCCGAGUCUGUGAAGCAGGUCUUCAAGGCAGAGGGUGUUCCCGUCGAGUGGGAUCAGGUCGACGUCACCGGUAUCAACUCCACCGGCAAGGCCAACGUCAAGUUCCGGGAAUGUAUCGAGUCUCUGAAGCGCAACAAGGUCGGUCUUAAGGGUAUUUUGUUCACCCCCCUCGAGCGUGGUGGUCACCAAUCCUUCAACGUCGCCCUCCGUCAGGAACUCGACACCUACGCUUCCCUUGUCUUGAUCAAGAACAUCCCCGGCUACGAGACCCGUCACAAGGAUGUCGACUUUGCUAUCAUUCGUGAGAACACUGAGGGUGAGUAUUCUGGUCUUGAGCACUCUUCCGUCCCUGGUGUCGUUGAGUCCCUCAAGAUCAUCACCCGUGCUAAGUCUGAGCGCAUUGCUCGUUUCGCAUUCGACUUUGCCCUCAAGAACAACCGCAAGAAGGUCACUGUCGUCCACAAGGCCAACAUCAUGAAGCUCGCGGAUGGUCUCUUCCGUCAAGUUUUCAACGAGGUCGCUCAAGACUACCCCACCAUCCAGACCUCCGACCUCAUUGUCGACAACGCCUCUAUGCAGGCAGUCUCCAAGCCCCAACAGUUCGAUGUUUUGGUCAUGCCCAACCUUUACGGUUCCAUCAUUUCCAACAUCGGUGCCGCCCUCGUCGGUGGACCCGGUGUCGUCCCCGGAUGCAACGUCGGCCGCGAGUUCGCCGUUUUCGAGCCCGGAUGCAGACACGUCGGUCUUGACAUCAUGAACAAGAACCAGGCUAACCCCUCUGCUUUGUUGUUGUCUUCCGCUAUGAUGCUCCGUCACCUCGGUUUGGAUGACUACGCUAACCGUAUCACUGAUGCCACUUACUCUGUCAUCUCUAAUGGUGCUUCGAGGACGCGCGAUAUGGGUGGUAACUCUACUACCCAGGAGUUCACCAAGGCUAUUCUUGACCAGCUCGAGAAGACUGCUUAA